GGAGGCAGCUGCAGCGGUAGCGGCAAAGCACUCAGGCUGAUUGGGGCGCAGGAGGGACCCGGAGCUGUCCUAGGCGCUGCGCUUCAACGCUGCCGUCGGGGUUCGGAUUGUGGAUAGUGGAUGAGCAGAGGCUUGGCCAGCCGGGGCAGGGCGUUACCGACCACUGGGCGGCAGGCUAGAGUCGGGGACCCAGCCAGUAGCCCACCUGGUUAUUUGAUCGAAGUCGAGGGGUGGCUGGGGAUGGCGGUGUGACUGUAAGGGGGCGGGGAGCCUCCGCCCCGCCAGACCAUGAGCUUGCCGGGGUGAGACGGCCCCCACUCCGGGCCCCGGCCCGAGGUUUAGCUCGCCAUGAAGCGACAGAACGUGCGCACGGCGUCGCUCAUCCUCUGCACCUUUUCCUAUCUGCUGGUGGGCGCCGCCGUGUUCGACGCGCUCGAGUCGGAGACGGAGAGCGCCCGGAAGCGGCUUCUGGAGCAGAAGCGCAGCGAGUUUCGCAGGAAAUAUCGCUUCUCGCCCGAGGACUACCGCGAGCUGGAGCGCCUGGUGCUGCAGGCGGAGCCGCACCGUGCUGGCCGCCAGUGGAAGUUCGCCGGCUCCUUCUACUUCGCCAUCACCGUCAUUACCACCAUCGGGUACGGCCACGCGGCGCCAGGGACUGACGCGGGUAAGAUCUUCUGCAUGUUCUAUGCCAUCCUGGGCAUCCCCCUUACAUUGGUCACGUUCCAAAGCCUGGGAGAACGCAUGAACGUGCUGGUCAGACGGCUGCUGCAGCGGCUGAAGCGCUGCGUGGGACUGCGGAAGACUCAGGUGUCCACGGAGAACAUGGUGGCCGUGGGCCUGCUGUCGUGCGUGGGCACACUGGCCGUGGGCGCCGCCGCCUUCUCCCACUUCGAAGGCUGGACCUUCUUCCACGCCUACUACUACUGCUUUAUCACGCUCACCACCAUCGGCUUUGGCGACUUCGUGGCGCUGCAGCGGGACGAGGCGCUGCACAAGCGGCCACCCUACGUGGCCUUCAGCUUCCUUUACAUCCUGCUGGGCCUGACGGUCAUCGGCGCCUUCCUCAACCUGGUGGUGCUGCGCUUCCUCACCCUCAACGCCGAGGACGAGCGACGGGACGCCGAGGGUCGGGCUUCACUGCGUCGGCUCCGGCCGGGGAACCCCUUGAGACCGUCGCAGGAGGUCGCCCGCCGCCGUGCCCUUCCUCCCUCCGAUCCAACCCCUUUCCCUUGCCUCGGAGCUCGGAGCUGUAGCCGCCUGAAGCUCAUCCGGCCUCUCCCUGCGGGGGCUUCUCCACCCCGUUUGCCUGCGGCCCAGAGGCAUCCCGAGACCCCUCCGCCGAGCUGUCAUUCCAACCCGGUCUAUUGCGGCUCCAUUUCCUAUCGGAUCGACCAGUUGGCGCUGGGUGCCAAGGAUAACCUCGGCUUCUCGCCUCCUGGGAGCACAACGUCCUCAGGCAGUGCUUUCGGCCGGGUCCCGACCCGUCGGAAGUCAGUCUGAGCUGAGGGGGUUGAAAAGAACGCUGGAUUUGGAGCCGGAAGAAGUGUGUAGGAGUCUUGUGUGUGUGUGUGUGUGUGUGUGUGUGUGUGUGUGCGCGCGCGCGCGCUCUUGGGUGCCACGCACUUCUUUGAACUUGUUACCCCAUCUAUAAAAAAUGAGGUGGUUGUACUAAGAUCGUAAAAUAUAUAUUUAGAACUAGCAGAGACCUUAGAUGUGACUAAGUACAGUGCCCUUAUUUUACAGGUAGAAAGCGGAGGCAUAUAGAGGUUAAGGGACUUGCACUUCGGUUAUACAGGUUUUCAGUAGCCUAGCAAGGAUUCCCAUCUGUCUUCUCACCCUAACAUAUAUUUUAUUCAUUUAUUUUAACUUAAAACAAUUUUUUUGAGUUCCAAAUUCUCUCCCUCCCCCACCCAUUGAGGAGGGAAGCAAUGUGAUAUGAAUUAUACAUGUGAAAUCAUGCAAAACAUUUAAAAAUCUAUUAUUUUAACGUUGAUUAAAUGUUUUGAAUUGAUCUUCUCACUCUAAAUUCAAUAUUCUUUCUACUAUAUCGUGCUAAGGUGCAGCCCAGUGUUAAUAUCGUAUGGACUGGGGCAGCUAGGUGGCACAGUGGAUAAAGCACCUGCCCUGGAUUCAGGAGGACCUGAGUUCAAAUCUGGCCUCAGACACUUGACAGUUGAACCUGCCUGUUGCCGGUGUGGCUGGUGACUGUUUGCAGGGGUAUCUGGGCCCUGCUCAGUCAUCCCUGUGACAGUGUAGCCGGGGAUCCUGCCAAUGAAAUAUCAAGCCCCAAUUCAAUUCAACAAACACUGCUUAAGCACGCUCUCUGUGUGCUGCAUUGUGCUAAGUGUGAAGUUAGAAAAUUUAAAACUAUCCUUACCCCUUAUGGAGCUUAUAUUUUAUUUGGAGAUACAAUAGAUAAACAGAUAAGUAAAUACAAUUUGAGGAGGGAGAAAGCCCUAACAGCUAGAUCUGUAUUCUAGUUAGCAACCAACUACACUGAAGUUGGUGGUAAUAGUGGAAAUAGAGGAAAAAGAGGCAAGUUCUAGUGGUGGCCGUGCCUCAUGCUCCUGUGUUCCUGGAUAAGGUAUUUCCCUUUCUUUGAGUCAGUUUCCCCUUCAGUAAAAUCAUCUCUUAGGACUAUUAACCUCUGAGAUCAUUUUCAGAAGGAAGAGGAGGAUUAUUAAGGAAUCAGAAAUACUGGGUGCUUUGUCACUUUGGGUAAAUCACUGUCAUUGAGACUCAAUAUCUUUAAACAUCUAUGAAAAUAGGAAUAACACCCGCAAGCCACUUCUUCUCCCCUCUGUCAGUUUCAGUUUCAUCAUCCUUCCUAACUGGAGGAUAAUAAAGCCUUCCCUACAGACCUCAAUGGACUGCUGUGAGGAUCCAGUGACAGAAUCACGUAUGUAGAAGGGCUUUAUAAACUGUAGAGCUCUGUACAGAUGGGAGAGAGUAGUCUCAUUAUUAUACAUUUGUAGUGGGACCUUGGAAGCCAGUGGGGAGGUUUGGAGGAGGAUUUGGGGGCAGAAAGAAGGGGAAGCCAAGGUAUUUGGAUUGAUGGUGGGUGGGUGGCUGGUUAGCUGGCAGGGAAAGGGAUGGAUAUAUCUCAGACUUAGUGUGGCAGGGAGCCUGCCAUCUGGUGAUGAUGUCACGGAUACAUGCCCCUGGGGAGGGGUGACAGGGAAUGAGAGUGCAGAUCAAGCUUCUGAGAUCUUGUUCUUUGCUUUAUCCUGGAUUCUGCCCUUCCCAGAUUCCUGAACCAUUUUAAUUCCUCUUUGGGUUGAAAGUUUUGAGGGAUGAUAUUUUCUGUUUCUUUGCCACAUCUAAGGCUCAGCUCCUACCCUGCUGGCAUAGACUAGAGACCAAGGCUGGCUUUGUGUUCUAUAGGAUGGAUCAUGCCUUGAAUGAAUGGAGAACAAACCUAAGUGGGGAUGGAGGGGAAAUACUCUACUCUAGACAGUGGAAGAAAUGGACUGGACUUUGGAUAAGGUCCUUCAGAAGGUAUGUGGACUAUGCCAGAGUCUAGACAUAAAGAGAGGGGCCCUAAAUAUCAAGGCACUAUUUCAUGGAAAAAGCACUAAACUGGGAUCAGGCAAGGAACCCAGGUUUUUGGACUGACUCUGUCACUAACUUGCUCUGUGACCUUGGGUAAGUACUUUCCCUCUCUAGACUUCUAUUUUCACCUCUACAAUGAGGGUAGAUGUUCACUAAGGUUUAAUCCAGCUCCAAAGUUUUAUCAUUCUACUCACCACAUGGUGUCUAGGAGCUCAGACCACUCCCUCUUCACUUGAAAGUAUAAUUCAGUUCCUAAUCCUCUUUAUGAGGGCUAAGUGGCUUGCCCAGGGUCACACAGCUAGUACUCAUCAAGUGUCUGAGGUCGCAUUUGAACUCAGUUCCUCCUGAAUCCAGAGCUGGUGCUUUAUCCACUGCACCACCUAGCUGCCCCCUCAGUUCCUAAUACUCUUGAGGAAAACCACAUUGUUCUGACUGAUGAGAAUCUUACUGGGGAAUCCCAUUUAUGCUUUGUGAUUUAUAGAGAAGAGCCCAGAGUAUUUGGGGCUUAUACACAACUUGGGGAAGGAGCCACUAGGGAAUUUAGCUUGGCCUCCCCCAUGUUAUCAGGUAACAAGAAUUUAUCAAUCACCUCCGAUGUACUCCGCACUGUGGUAAGCCCUGGGGAUACAAUGAAAGACAAAAACAAUCCCUGCUCUCGUGAAGCUCACUGUCUAAUGGGGGAGACAACAUGCAAACCACUGUGUACAAACAAAACACAUUCAGAAGAACUUUGAGGGAAUCUUAGAAAGACAGCACUACUAGUAUUAAGACAAAUGGGGGCCAGGGGGAAGAAAAGGUUCUUGCAGAAGGUGGGAUUUUAGCUGAGACUUGAAGGAAGCAGGAAGUGGAGCCUGGGAAGGCAAGAACCCCAGGUAUGGGGUAUGGGGUAUGGGCAGUGAAAAUGGAGUCAAGAGGGGCAGCUAGGUGGUGCAGUGGAUAGAGCACCAGCCCUGGAGUCAGGAGGACCUGAGUUCAAAUUCGACCUCAGACACUUAACACUUACUAGCUGUGUGACCCUAGGCAAGUCACUUAACCCCAAUUGCCUCACCAGAAAAAAAAAAAGAAAAGAAAAUGUAGUCAAGAGAUAAAGGCAAGGAACAGCAAGACCAGUGUCACUGGAUCAAAGACUACCUGGUGGUGAGUAAGGUAUAAGAAGACCGCAAAGGUUGGAGAGGCCAGAUUAGGAACCCAAACUGAGGAUUUUCUAUUUGAUCCAGCAGGUGAUUGGGAGCCUGUCGUGUAGAACCCUGGGCCCAAAGGGGUGGUUAGGAUGCUGAUAUUUGUCUCAUCCCCCUCGAGCCAGAAACUGAAAACUCUUUCCAGUUGUACCCCAAUCUGGUGGGCCCGGACAUCAACUCUUAGAAUAUUAGAUCCUGAUCAAACCUUAGGACAUAAAAUGUUUGAGCAGGAAGAGAUCCUGUAGACUCUGCAGUUCCUGCCCUGUCUCUGCCUCUCAUUUUACAGCUAAGGAAACCAAAGCCUAGACAGAGGAAUGAUUUGCCUGAAGUCAUAUGGCAAAUUAGAGGCAGAGCCAAGGCUAAAAUGAGGCUUAAAUGAUUGCCAGUCAGGCCUUCCCCAACCAAUACACCAUGUUGAACAAGGUUUUGUUUGUAAAUAUCAGUUUACAAGUUGAAGGCACGUUCAGGUGAGGAAGUGGUGUGUGUGUGUGUGUGUGUGUGUGUGUGUGUGUGUGUGUGUGUGUGUGUGUGUGAGAGAGAGAGAGAGAGAGAGAGAGAGAGAGAGAGAGAGAGAGAGAGAGAGAGAGAGAGAGAGAGAGCUGGAAUGUCAGCCAUCUUUCUCUCCCUUUUACAAUUAUUCAAGUCUCACCUUUCCCCCAGGAGCCCUCCUGGAUCAUCACAGGGGAUCGAUCUUUCCUUCAAGUUGCUUUGACAUUUUAUUGCUAGUACCUUAGAGUUCAGGGAAGCUGGGUGGCUCAGUGGAUAGAGUGCCAGGCCAGGCCAGGCCAUUGCUGAAUUCCAGUGAGGCUGAGCUGCUUUUAGGGUCUGGGGUGAUUGUAAGGGUGUGGUCUGGGAAUGGCUUGAGCUGACUUCUUUAACCUCAAUGGGACUCUCACUGGUGAAAUCCUGGGAUAAAGGCUGCUGGAUUCAAGUUUGCACUGUACUGCUUAGUCACCAUGGACAAGUGAUUUAAUUUUGUUCGUCCUCAGUUUCCUUAGCUGCAAAAAUGGAGAUAAUUAUAUGUGGCCUGCCCCGCCGACCUCACAGGGCUAUUAUGAGGUUCAAAUGAAA